AUGACUUCCCAAACGCCGGCCGUUGUCAUGGACAACGGCACCGGGUUUUCAAAGCUCGGAUUCGCUGGCAACGAUGCCCCCUCGUUUGUCUUCCCAACUGCGAUUGCGACGAAGGGUGCGCAAGGCGGCGCAGGAGGCUCUGGUUCUGGCAGACCUGCGGUGGCCAACAAGCCUACCUUCUUGACUGGUGGCACAGGUGGAAAUCUAGCAGGAAAACGUGGAACUGAAGACCUCGACUACUUUAUUGGCGAUGAGGCAAUCGCAGCAGCAGCAGGACCUGGCUACGGUAUACAUUAUCCUAUCAGACAUGGCCAGAUCGAGAACUGGGAUCAUAUGGAAAGAUUUUGGGCAAACUCGAUAUUCAAAUACCUGAGAGUAGAGCCAGAAGACCACUACUUUUUGCUUACUGAGCCGCCUCUGAACCCUCCCGAAAACCGAGAAAACACUGCCGAAAUCAUGUUCGAAUCUUUCAAUUGCGCUGGCCUCUACAUUGCCGUGCAAGCAGUGCUCGCCCUUGCUGCAUCGUGGACCUCCUCCAAAGUCACUGACCGCUCUUUGACAGGCACUGUCAUAGAUUCUGGUGAUGGCGUUACGCAUAUCAUUCCGGUCGCUGAAGGAUACGUGAUCGGUUCGUCUAUAAAAAGCAUACCUAUUGCAGGGCGAGACAUCACAUAUUUCGUGCAGAACCUUCUGAGAGAAAGAGGCGAAGCCGAUAGUACUCUGAAGACUGCGGAAAGAGUCAAGGAGGAGUAUUGUUACGUCUGUCCUGACAUGGUAAAAGAGUUCGCGCGAUACGACAGAGAACCUGACAGAUUCCUUAAACACACAGUAACACAUCCUAGCGGAAGAACAGUAUCCAUCGAUGUGGGCUACGAACGCUUCCUUGCCCCAGAAAUAUUCUUCAACCCGGAAAUAUACUCUUCAGACUUCCUGACUCCACUCCCUACAGUGGUCGAUGGCGUGAUACAGCAGUCCCCUAUCGACGUCCGAAGAGGCCUGUACAAAAACAUCGUCUUGUCUGGUGGCUCAACACUCUAUAAAGACUUCGGCAGGCGUUUACAAAGAGACAUCAAACAUCUAGUCGACGCUAGGAUUCGCGCCUCGGAAGCAAGAAGUGGAGGUGCUCGCUCGGGAGGUCUAGAGGUUCAAGUCAUCACACACAAGAGACAGAGGCAUGGUCCAUGGUUUGGUGGCAGUCUGCUCGGGCAAACACCAGAAUUCCGAAGUUACUGCCACACCAAAGCCGAAUAUGAUGAGAUCGGUCCCAGUAUUGUUAGAAGGUUCGCUCUGCUUGGUGGCCCAGGCAGUACAUAG